UGCCGAUAAAUGAAAGUAACCCAGCGAAAAAGAAAAUGCCAUUUUCAGAUCUGUCGGUGUGCAUGGGGCCGUAUGAAUAUUCUAAACAUGAGACGUAUAAUUUGUUUACUGGAACAUGAUGAUGGGACUUUUCUUUUCUUGUUAGGAAACUGAAAGUAAAAGUAAUAACGUAUUCUAUUUCCACUUAAAUGUCAUGACUGGUAAUUCAGAAACUUACUUUCGAUUUGUCGACUAUUUCUGGGAAUUUCACAAGACUAACGCAACGGCCACAUCGACAAAGUGCGUGUUUUCAACAUCUUAAAACAACCAACGAGGACUGUGAUACAGAGAAUAAUGGCGAGUUAUCAAGGGCCAUGGGUAGGAGGCAGGGGAAGAGGAAGAGGAGGAGUGUAUGGUUUUCAAGAAAGCGGAGGUCCUCAAAAUCAAACAUAUGUGGGUCAUCAACAUGGAGGGCUGCCAUACAACUAUGAACCAAAUGGAGAAUUUCAUAGUCCUCCUCAGGACAGAGGAAGAUCGAAUGAUGUUGAUCGGAGACAGAACUUCCAUAGCGAUGCAGGACAAGGACAUAACUACAGAAGUCCAAGUCCUAAACACAGAAAUAAAUCUCCUCGUAGUGAGGGAAGACCGAGGAAUAAUGGUGGUGGUGGUGGUGGUGGUGGUAGUAGUUGGGGGAAUAGAAGGGGAAACAACUAUGAUCACACACAAUCAUCCCAUCAUCAGAUGACGUCUCCAGACGGCAGACAUUGGAAUAGGAAUCCAAGCUCAAGGGGCUCCCAAUGGGAUAACAGCCAGGGAGGUUGGGGUGGGAGACAAAGGGAUUACAACUCGGAUGUGGACUUAUCAAAGAAGUUGUCAUUUCUUCUUCGCCACGGAGCAGAGAGACAGGGAUUCACCUUGAUGUCAGGAGGAUUUUUGUAUGUAGCAGAUAUCUUAAAACUUCCUUCCCUGAAAGGCUUUCAAUUUGAAGACGUAAAAAGAGUUGUGGAAAACAAUGACAAACAGAGAUUUGCUCUCAAGAUAGAUCCAGAAAACAAGAGAAUGAUGAUACGAGCCAAUCAGGGUCACACCAUAGAGGUACAAUCUUUAGAACUGACACCCAUCACCACAGCUGAAGAGGCCGACCAAGUCGUUCAUGGUACUUACUUCCAGAGCUGGGAAGUCAUCAAAGGAACGGGCCUGAGUCGAAUGGGAAGGAAUCAUAUUCACUUUGCUGCUGGAGAACCAGGGGAGAACGGAGUUAUCAGUGGUAUGAGGUCGUCCUGUGAAGUGAUUAUUAUACUGGAUAUGAAGAAAGCCCUCGCUGAUGGGCUCAAGUUUUUCCGUUCAGCCAACAAUGUAAUUCUGUGUGAAGGAGACAGUGACGGCAUCAUCUAUCCCGCUUACUUUGAAGCUGUCAUUCAAAGAUACCCAAGACAUAUGCUGCAAUUUGACAAGAGUAUAACUAAGGACAGUGCCAAAGGAUCCCCUCCUAAAGGGAGGAAAAAGAACAAAGCCAAAAAGCGUGAACGUGAGGAAGACAACGAGGGAGGAAAGAAAAAAGCAGGACAUAACCAGAAGAAGGAAAAGAAGGAAGAUACGAGAAACGAAGAAGUAGACUUUGACUUAGAUGUAAUGUUUCUCGACGAAAAAGACUCAUCAGAAGAUAUAUCAGAAGCUAGAAGUUUGAGAAAUGAAAAAACGGCUGUCAACACUCCACCAGAAAAUGAAAAAACGGCUCUUGACACUCCAACAGAAAAUGAAAAAACGGCUGUCGACACUCCACCAGAAAAUGAAAAAACAGCAGUCAACACUCCACCAGAUAAUUUGAAACUCAGCCAACCUGGGCCUAUUGUUUCUUACUCUGAUGAUGACGAUGAUGAUGACCAAUAUGAGACCGCAUCAGAUGUUAAAGUGGAGGAGGACUAUGAGAUUACACGAAUCUAUGACAAUCAAUUGAGUGUGAGUGCUGUGGAUAAUAUUUUGGAGAAAGAGUCACCUGUAGCUGUUUGUUGUUAUGGAGACAACUUGGGGGAAGAGGAUGGCAGUAUAUCCCACAUCAUGUGUGUGGACAAGGAGAAAUGCUACCUGUUCCUUGUGAAUGAGAAUCCAUCUAUGAUGAAAGAAGGCAAGCUAAGCGAUCUUCUCAGGUCCAGAGACUUUCCAAAGGUUUUCCACGGUUGUGGCAACGCAUCUAAAACCCUGUUCGAGAAGUUUGAAGUUCUUCUUGAUAACACAAACAUCUAUGAUACAAAGGUUGUGUAUGAAAUGAUGAAGGACGGAGGAGAGGGCGAUAUGAAAUCCUUUGGGGAUGUGAAGUUCUGUCCGGAUACUUGGCCCAAAGACUUUACAGCUCCAAUAACCCAGGGUAAUGAGAUGAAGGAGAUGGAUAGAUGUGUAGCCAUUCUCAAGGCAUACAAUCUGAUGGUAGAUUUCGGUGGUCAGGAUAAAAAAUACAAAAAGUUCAUAUUUGAGGAAGUCAAUGGAAAGAUUAGCAAGGAAGCCAUUAAAGAGUAUAAGCAAAAAACCAAGGCUAAACCAGCAAAGCCGCAAUGUGAACCACAACCCAAGAAAGGGAAGAAGAAAGGCAAAAAAUGAGCGAAUUUGUGCCAGUAUGUGUCCUUGUUGAGAAUUUGGUCUUCAAUAUGGCAAACCAUUGCAAGUAGCACUUCUCAGACUGACUGUUAUAAGAAGUUUCAAUAUCACAAAAUGUUACAUUCUCAAUUUUUACAGAAUAACAAAGACAAAUAUCGUUUAAUUAUGUUCAACAAUGGGAUGGUUUGACCCCAUUGUAGAGCAGAUAAAUUCUGUGUUGAAAUUGCAUUUCAAUGCAGGGAGCCUACACUCUUAAACAUGAAUUUUAAAGGCAAAAUUGAGGAAAAUUGAUAUGCAGGCUAUUUUUUCAAUAUCAGUUGUAAUGGAUACCGGUAUACAAUUUGUACAUACUUGUAGUUAUAAAAAGUCAUGCUUAUAUGUGUAGUAGGUACCUAAAGGUGUGUUGAAGAUAUUUUUGAAUUAUUGUAUAUAGUCCUUUUGGAUUUGACUGGUUUUUAGCUUUGUUUAUGUUUAAGCAUAUUGUGAUACCAGUGUGGAGGUGUGUAACACGUUGUAAGCUGUUUGGACAUUAAUAAAUUUCCACUGUUUGGACAUUAAUAAAUUUCCACAGAAUACUCCAGAAUAGCAAACUUAGAAAGGAGGGUAAAAUAUUAAGAAAUAUUUUUAAACCUUAACUAUGUAUUUUUUUUCUUAAUAUUCAAAAGGUAUCUUAAUCAUCUUUUGAUGGCAUUAGUCAUUUUAGAGAAAAUGUCUAUUUCUAAGAAUUGUAUGAAAAACAAUAUUAUUUUAGAGUUACAAAAUUACACAUUCUAUUUACAUCAGUAUGUACAAAAUCAAUGAUGUGGUGAGUCACAACAGGCAGUGAUGGUAGGUUUGGAGUUCUGUGGAGUAAAAGUACUGUUGACUCGAGUUUUUGCUUAUUGUGGCGUUGAUGGGAUUACACCCUAUCAAGGCCGAACAAACAGGGUUGGCUGUCUCUUUUCAGUUUGUACAAAAUUCAAUCUCUCCACCACGGACAUCAGAUAAGGGUCACCAUUUUUGAUAAUUAUGUAUAGAGCUUGGUAGUAAUAUUGCUAUUGCUUCGUUUCUUCAGGAGGAGUAGAAGUUACUGCUGACUAAUGAAGUCAGUACAGGCUUACCACCUAGAUGUCUCCUCCUCUUACUAGAUUUUUUCUAAACAGCUAUAGUCAGUAUUCUGUUGGCGUGCAUGGACUUUUCAUGACUGAAAAAUAACUUCCAUGCAUAAAUAUAUACAUGUUUGGAGGGGGAAGGGCAGAAUUGAUAUUCUGAAUCACUUGAUUGACAUAUAACAAUUAUGCUUUUGUGAUUUAUCUGUUUUAAUUGAGACACAAGAUUAAUGAUCUUAUAUUUGAUUUGUGACGUGAUCAAUUUAAUUGAUCAUUAUGUUAAUCCCUUUUAUUAAUCUCGUCUGUGAUUUUGAAAUUAUUCACACUUUUUUGCAAUGUGUUAGUUUGAGUUUGACAUAAUUAUAUAUCUAUGUGUCUUAUGAUAAAACUGACUGUCUUUAUCAUUAAUUCAUUUAAUAGUAGAAUGAUUCCGUUGCUACAUACAACAUCAUCAGAUACCAUUGGUCGAUUAAGUGAAGCGUAGUUAAAUCGACUGUAGGUAUUCGUCAAUGUAUGUACAAAUGUAUGCACAAAAUUGAUUUUCUGUAUAUCCAUUUUCUAUUCAGCAAAUAUUAAGACUUUUUAACUUCAUGAAUUAAACUGUCAGAUGAGUUGAAUGUAAUAUCAAGGAUGACUUAAGAAAGUCAGUUGUUAAGUAAAAAGCUUAUUAAAAAGGAAUGGAAGUCAGGUUUAAAAGUGUCAAUACUCAAACAUGUUUUUUUAUCUGUGUUCUACAUUUGUACAUAUGGUACUUUGAAUUUUGUGAAAAAAAUACCUUUGUACCAUUGAACUCUGUUCUUAAUGCAAAGAUAUACAUGUAAAUGUAUAUAAACUCUUCUCAGAAUUAAAAUCCCUAUUUCCAAAAGAAAAUGAAUUCAAGCAUUUUCAUAGACAUAUCUUUAAAUUUUAAACUUGUCUAGUACAGUCAACCCUGCCUUAGUAACCACCUGAAUUAAGCAGCCCCCUCUCAUAUGUGACAGUAUUUUCCCUCCCAAAUGCUAUUUAAUGUACUAGUUUUAGUUUCAUGCUGGAUUAAGAGACCAACUGGCAAAAUUAAAUGUGACCUGUUUUAUUGUCUCCCUUUGAAGGUCACAUGAUAAUACUGUAAUAAAAUGGAUUACGGUCUAUACUUAAUCCAAUAUCUGUUUGAUGGAAGUAAACAUGAAAUUAGAUGUUUAGGAACUUGCUUCAAAGGUAAUUAAAAUAUAAAUCAUAACCAAA